AUGUUUAGUAAAAAACGAUUUAUUACCGAAAACAUUCCUGAUUUGACCGGAAAAGUUGCCAUUGUCACAGGAGGCAACGCAGGACUCGGAUACAUCACGGCAAGAGAAUUAACCCGUAAAAAUGCACACGUAUUUAUUGCAAGUCGCAAUAAAGAACGUGGCGAAGGUGCCGUAGAAAAAAUCAAAAAAGAGACUGGAAAAAAUCAAGUAGAAUAUUUAUAUUUAGAAUUAGCUAACCUUAAAACCGUAAAACAAUCUGCUGAGAAUUUCCUUUCUAAAAAUUUACCUUUACACAUUCUUAUCAAUAAUGCUGGAAUCAUAAACCCUUGUUCAUUAACUGAAGAUGGGAUCCCGAAUAUAUUUGGAGUGAAUCACGUUGGACAUUUCCUUUUCACAAUGACUCUUCUUGAUAAGAUUGAAGCUUCGGCACCUUCUCGAAUCGUUAACGUCAGCAGCGUUGCUCACAUUUAUACUGAUGGAAUUGAAUUCGAUAAGAUUAAUCAAGAAGCUGAUUCAUUUUGGCAAAGUUACUGUAAAUCAAAACUUUCCAACAUCCUUUUUACAAAAUCAUUAUCGAAGCGACUUGAAGGCAAGGAAGUUUAUGUUAAUUCGAUUCAUCCGGGGUUCGUUGAAACCAAAUUAUCAAAAUGGGAUGAUUCAUGGAUUCUCACGAAAAUGGUUAUAAAUAUUGCUCUUUGGUUUUCUAUGUCACCUGAUGAUGGAGCUUUAACACAAUUAUACGCUGCUACAAGCCCCGAAAUUAUUGAAAAAAAUUAUCGUAAUCAAUAUUUCGUACCGUUUGGUGAAAUUGGAGAGAAAUCUGAGGCAGCUCAAGAUGGGGAGCUGGCAGAAAAAUUGUGGAAAUAUACCAAAGAUUUAAUAGAUGCUAAACUAUGUUAG